AUGAUUGUAUCCGGUUCCUUGGGUCGUGAAAUAGUACCAGAACUUGAAGCAUUGCCACAACUGGAAGCAAUUUAUGUGUUUUGCGGCAACCAAUCAGUUCAUGAACAAUGGGCUAAAAAAAUAAGCAAGGUUAAGGGUGUAUACACAAAAAUUGAACCAAUUUGUCAAGCACUUGAAAUCGAUCGACAACGAUGUGAUCAAGCUAUGAUCCCGAUCAGCUUUAAUGGUCGUGAUGCAUUAUUUAUGUAUACACAACUUUUAAAAGAAGCACUCUUGGAGAUCGAAGAUGACAAUAAAAAAUCCAUCAAAGAUUUGGUCGAUUACUGCCGUGAACAGGAUGAUAUUUCUGAAGAUCAAAUUAAACAAAUAGAACGUGAAUAUCGUAAUCAUACACCAAUAUGGUGGUAUACAGCGGAGACAUUUAUUUAUCCCAUGCUCAAUCGUGGUCUCCGACAAAUGGAUGUCGAUAUUAUCCUGAAGAUGGGUUUCUUCAUUCGCCAUUUACAUAAUCAUAUUACUGAAUUACAUCGUCAACAACAAGAUUCCAUACCAGCAAAAUUUCAAGUCUUCCGUGGACAAGGUUUGUCCAUGGAAGAUUUUGAUAAAAUGAAAAAAACCAAAGGAGGACUUAUGUCCUUUAAUAAUUUUCUCUCAACAAGUCGCAACCGUGAGAUAUCUUUCAAAAACUUUGCACGACCAGCAGCAUUAAAUACAAAUUCAGUUGGCAUACUUUUCAUUAUGAACAUUGACACGGCUAUUUGUACAAAAUCAUCGACACCUUUUGCCGAAGUAAGUAAAGUUGGCUACUACAAAGAUACAGAGGAAGAAAUACUUUUUUCAACACAUGCGAUUUUUCGUAUCGAUCGCAUUGACCGAAUUCACGAUAAUCACUCUGAUCGACUAUACGAAGUUACUCUCACUAUUGUCGGUAAUGACAAUCAUGAAUUAAACACACUUACAGAACACAUACGUAAGGAUCUUGGUGACCGCCCAGGUUGGUCUCGACUAGGUCGCAUCCUAAAAAGAGUGGGCGAACCUGCAAAAGCCGAACAACUCUAUCAAAUUCUCCUUGCAAAGGCGUCUUCUGAUCAAGAUCGAGCAGAAUACAAUUAUCAACUUGGCUGGGUGUAUAAAGACAUGGGUGAGUACUCGAAAGCACUUUCAUAUUACGAAAAAUCACUUGAUAUCGACAAGAAAAUUCUCUCUCCAAAUGAUCUCAGCUUGGCUUCUUCCUACAACAACAUCGGUAAUGUGUAUAAAAACAUGGGCGAGUACUCAAAAGCACUUUCAUCGUAUGAACGAUCACUUGAAAUCCAGAAAAUAGCGCUCCCUCCGAAUCAUCCCGACUUGGCUGCUUCCUACAACAACAUCGGGUUGGUGUAUGAUGAAAUGGGCGAGUACUCAAAAGCACUUUCAUCGUAUGAACGAUCACUUGAAAUCAGGAAAAUAGCUCUCCCUCCGAAUCAUCCCGACUUGGCUGGUUCCUACAACAACAUCGGGAUGGUGUAUGAUAACAUGGGCGAGUACUCGAAAGCACUUUCAUCGUAUGAACGAUCACUUGAAAUCAAGAAAAUAGCUCUCCCUCCGAAUCAUCCCUCCUUGGCUUCUUCCUACCUCAACAUCGGUUCCGUGUAUUAUAGCAUGGGCGAGUACUCUAAAGCACUUUCAUCGUAUGAACGAUCACUUGAAAUCCAGAAAAUAGCUCUCCCUCCGAAUCAUCCCGACUUGGCUGCUUCCUACAACAACAUCGGGUUGGUGUAUGAUGAAAUGGGCGAGUACUCGAAAGCACUUUCAUCGUAUGAACAAUCACUUAAAAUCAAGAAAAUAGCUCUCCCUCCGAAUCAUCCCGACUUGGCGUACUCAUACAACGGUAUUGGUUCGGUGUACGAUCAGAUGCGAGAGUAUUCGAAAGCCCUUUCACAUUACGAAAAAGCUCAAGAAAUUUGGAAAAAAUCACUUCCUGCAAAUCAUCCACAUAUUGCCCUUGUGAAAACAAACAUUGACAAUGUAAAAAAGAAAAUGUAAUUGUUUUUUUUUUCGUUUUUAAAGAGAAAAUAAACUGGCCAUCUUGAAAUCUAAGCUCGCUGAAGCAAGCAGAUGCAAAGUUUCGCGCACGCGCGACCAGAGAUACCCUCCGUAUUCUGCUGGCUCGUACAGUGGACAAAGCCGCCAAUGGUUAGGCAAACAUACAUCGAUGUAUGUAUAAAUAGUACAACCAUGAUCAUCAUCUUGGAAAAGACGAUGACGAAAUGGACGCUUCUAUUCAUACAUACAUUGAUGUAUGUUGUGAAGGCCUACCAUCUGCACGCCUGCACGGGUCACCAACAGAACAUCGGAUAUCCCUGGGAAGGUUCAAUUGUUUUAGAGCCACCCUCAAAAGCUCCAUUAGUUAGAAAAUUAUUUUUGUUCUUCUGUUACGAAGAACAAGAAGAAGUAGAAACGGAAAGACGCGAUGAAAGACGACGUUAUGGAAUGAGAAUACGCAGCGCAUGAUAACAACCGAUGUUUGUCAAGCAAUGGAAUAUUGAGUGCACGAUAUCUUUGUCGUCUUUAAACAUUUCAUGUUCAAUUCGUCUGAGUUUUCAUCUCGAAUGUGUAAGAAUAACUUGAAUGUCGUACACUCACCAUUGUAGCAAACGAACGAUGAUUGUAUGAAACGGCGAAUAAAAACAAUACAUUCGCCGUCAAUUUGAGUAAUAACUCAUGCAUUGCAUAUCCUGAAAUAGAGAUAAAGAAUAGAAAAAGGGAAAAUUUUAAAUAUAUAUAUAUUUUUUUACAUUUUAUUAUGAUAUCUGAUGGUUACAUUAACAUUGAUGCUCAAAAAAAAAAAGAUAUCAUUUUUCACAGCACCUCUUUUUAAAUCUGAGAGAAAAAUAUACCAUUCCAUGUGUCGUCAUCUAGUUUGUGGAAGAGUGAACACUGCAUCUUUCUACCUUAUUUCUAUGAAAAGUUAUUCAAAAGAUACUCAUUAGUCUUUCUGUUUUAAAUGAGUAUUAAUAUAAAUAUCUCAUAGGAAAAUAGAGUUUUCAUUUUACUAUCAGUCCAGACAAAAAAGAAAGUUUCCUCUAGGUUACUAUGCACUAUUAGAAAUCCUCGCGUAGAAUAAAUAUUUUUCUUUAUAUAUUCAUAAAAUAAUUCU